AUGGCUAUCGAAGCAACAAAGCAGGCCGGAAAGUCAAUGGUGGUUAUAAAGAGAAAUACCACCCUACGAAAUUCAAGAUGUCAGUUUGCAAAAAGCACUAGUGAUCCCCGCAAAGGACGGAGGGAUCUAGAUCCUUUUCAAAUUGCGAAAGAUCAUGUGAAUGGAGAAGACAACUUUGUCGAACAUUGUCGGGGUACUGUUCAUGUCAAAUUUCAAACCCGAUGUUCUCAUGGCGAGUUCAUUGUUAUAGGAGAUGGACAAUUCAAGACGAGGUUUAAGGGAAAUAUUAAGUCUUCCUUGAUCUUUCUUUCAUUGAAAGGGGUGGAUCAAAAGAAACUCGCCGAGGCGAAGAUCUCGUUGAACCUGACAGCAAAACCCAUUGCGGAAGAGUCUCAUCGUGUAAUUCAUCCUGCAGCUUCCGAUACAGCAAUGCAACUCUCUAUUGUAGCUUCACAAUCAAGCACCGCUACCAAAUUGAAGAACGCGGUUAUGCCUGUCAGCAUCGGCAGUAUCAAACAUUGGCCAGAAGUAGAUGUGUCCAUAGAAGCCCCCGCAGAUUGCGUUGCCAGAGGUGUGGAAUAA